UAAUACUUAUUGUAGAACCUCAUCGUCGGUCUUCUGAGCGACGUCCGGCUGCCAUUUCCAAUCCUCCGUUCAACUCCAGUCAUCCGUUCAACUCCACCGACCGGCUUCCAUUUUCAGUCCUCCGUUCAAGUCCGCCGACCUUCUCUGUACUUGAUUCUGUUGCAAAUGGCCACAAAAAUAAGCAUCAGCUUCAGAACCGGAAAAUCAACUCUCUUUAACGCCGUUGCAUUCUUUAAGCUUUGGUCCCCAUCAAGCAACGUUACCUUUCCACCACCAGCCACAAUGAUAACAAAUGGACAUCGAUCUGUCUGCACCAAACAAAUUCAACAAAGUCAAAUCUCUGUUUCGAAUCAGUCUGCUUUUAAUAUCUCUGUCCCUGGCUUUCCUGUUGAUUCCCCUCUCUCAGGUCUGGAGGAUGUGAUGAUAGGUUAUAUCCUUGGGAAGACGAAGGCCACUGAAGUCGCUCAUUUAGCAUGGAAGUAUAUUGUCCAGGAAGGGGAUACAGUUGUUGAUGCCACUUGUGGUAAUGGACACGAUACAUUGGCAUUGGUGAAGCUGGUAACUGCUGAUAAGACUCAAAGAGGCCGUGUUUACUCGUUAGAUGUUCAGAAAUUUGCGUUGGAAAAGACUUUGGCCUUACUUGAUGAAUCACUUGACAAAGAUGAGAAAGAAAUUGUUAAGUUGGUUGAGACUUGUCACAGUAAGAUGCAUGAAGUUGUUCCAAAGGGCGAACCGGUUAGGGUAGUUGCCUUCAACUUAGGGUACCUUCCCGGGGGAGAUAAAGCACUAAUAACAGGUCCUAAGACGACCCUAAUGGCUUUAGAGUCUGCAAAGGACUUGUUAACACACGGAGGUCUUAUAAGCGUAGUUGGUUACGUGGGACAUCCUGGUGGAAGGGAAGAGUUUGAGACAGUUCUAGAAUUUGGUUCUAGGUUACCUGUUGAUGAAUGGAGUUGCUGCGAGCUUCGAAUGUUAAACCGACCUCUGGCUCCUGUUCUUGUUUUCAUGUUUAAAAGAUAGAUCUAGCUAAUCUAUUGAUUUUUCUAUGGUUUAAGCGGAGAAGUUGUUGAGGCCUAUCAUC